UCAAAUGUCAUUUUUAGAAUCAUUGAUCGUUGUGGAAUCCGUGGUUCCACAACGGAAAUGGAAAGUGACUCAUGGACUGGAAAGCAGUUUCUAAUUUUUUUAUGAAGGCAGUUGAAGCGUGAAACAAGCUCUUUGUUUGUCUUCAGCUCUUUCCUCCAUCAGGAGCCGUUAAUGGCUUUAUCACAGCUGUGAGCAUGUGUGCUGCUAGCCUCAAUAGAGCUCACCAUCAACCAAGGGGUUGGCUCAUAGAGAACUGAGCGUUAGCCAGGCUGUUAGCAUACAGCACGUAACCAUAAUGACCCAGCUAAUGUUUUUAUUGCAGGUGUUAGCAUUUGUUCUGUUAGCUCCUAGAUAGCUGAGCGUUAGCGAGGCUGUUGUGACCUGGCUAAUGGUUUUAUUGCAGGUGUAAGCAUGCCAUAGCGGUUGUUGACUCAUCAUGGACAGCACCAGCACAGCCAUCUUCAUCACCGUUCAGAAGUUAUACUACCCCUUGCUAUGCAUUCUGGGUAUCCCAGCCAACCUGGUCACCUUCUACCUGAUCUUGGUGCGGAGGUGUGGCAUGUCGGACUCGGCCGUGGUGUACCUGAGCUGCCUAGCGGUGGUGGACUCCCUCUACCUGGUGUGGGUCAUCCUGCUGGACCUCACCCUCCACUUCUGGCUGCUGCAGCCCUUCUGGCACUCCUCGCCCUGGUGCGAGGUGCUGACCUUCCUGCAGCACGGCGCCCUCUACAGCUCCUCCUGGGUGGUGGUGGUGUUCACCGUCGAGCGCUACGUGGUGCUCAGCAGCACCGCCGCCGUGCGCCACCUGUCCCGCCUCCGCGUCCCCAGGAUCACCUGCGUUGCCGUGGUGAUGCUGUCCCACCUGGCGUCCGUGCCCAUGGCCUGGAUCAACGCCCCGACGCCCGUCAACUUCACGGUGGACGGGGCCAACGUCACGCUGCCGCGGUGCCGCUACCGCGACGAGGCGUACUCCACGGCGCUGGUGUGGGUCACCAGCAUCCUCUCCGUGGGCGUCCCCGUCGUCCUCCUCAUCAUCUUCAACUACCUGAUCGGGUACCACCUGAGCCGCGCCGGCCGGCUCUUCAGCCGCGAGGAGCAGCGGGUGAUGAGCGGCCGGACCACGCGCAGCCUGGUCCGCCGCUCCAUCCUGCUGCUCGGCACGGUGUCGGUGGCCUUCGUGGCGCUGAGCCUGCCGCGCUUCGUCACCUACUGCAUCCUGCGCACCGUGUACAACAGCCCCGCCUUCGACCGCAACGACUACGCCCUGCCCAUCAACGUGGCGGGCGACCUGGCCAACAUGCUGCACAACCUCAACUCCACCACCAACUUCCUGCUCUACUGCAUGGUCAGCCGCCGCUUCCGCCGGGAGCUGGUGGCGCUGCUGAGCUGCCGGCGGGCCCCGGGGGAGCCCAGCUCCGGGCCGACCAACACCUCCCUGGGCUGGGGGAGGGCCUACACCCUCCCCCAGCCCAAGGACCGCCCCCCGGGAGGCCCCUGGGUCGUGGCGGACACUAACCUGGACAAGAACCAGGCGGACACUAACCUGGACAAGAACCAGGCGGACACUAACCCGGACAAGAACCAGGCGGACACUAACCUGGACAAGAACCAGGCGGACACUAACCCGGACAAGAACCAGGACUGA